AUGGUUAUAGAGAUGAUAAUUGUUAGAGUAAUAAUUUUGAGUUUUUAAAGAUAGUAGUGCAGUCCCCAGCUUUGAAAAAUAUUACCGUCUACAUAAGCAGGACCCCAUUGCUACCACCAUUAGGCUACUCUUGUGAGCAACUAGAUAAUAAGAUUUGUUGUUUCAUUAUUUAACUGAAGCUCCAGCAAUCUGAUCCAGUGGGAGGCAGCGGCCAUACAAUUCAAGAUGGAGAACCAACCACAAACCACGUUUGAUAGAAUUAAACCAUUUCUGGCUGUUAUAUUCUUGCAGUUUGGGUUUGCAGGAAUGGAUGUUCUCUGUAAGGCUGCCUUAAACAAGGGGAUGAGCAAUUACGUCCUUGUUGUCUACCGCCAUGUCGUUGCCACCGUCGUCAUUGCCCCCUUUGCAGUCAUUCUAGACAAGAAAGUAAGGCCAAAGAUGACACUAGCAAUCUUCACCAAAAUAAUCGUGCUCAGCUUAUUGGAGCCAGUAAUUGACCAGAACUUGUAUUUCCUGGGAAUGAAGUACACUACAGCAACUUUUGCAGCCGCUAUGACCAAUAUUCUUCCUGCCCUUACAUUUAUAAUGGCCUGCAUUCUUAGGCUUGAGAAGGUAAGAUUUAAAAGUAUCCGCACCCAAGCUAAGGUGAUAGGGACCAUAGCAACGGUUGCAGGAGCCAUGGUCAUUACACUGGUAAAAGGCCCCGUUAUUGAGCUGAUCUGGACGAAAGGAAAAACUUACCACGAACAGCAACAGGCUGCAGCCAAUCUUCAACAUUCAAUUAAAGGUUCCAUAAUGAUCUUCAUUGGCUGCUUCAGCUGGGCUUGUUUCAUGAUUCUGCAAGCAAUCACACUAAAAACAUACCCUGCUGAGCUCUCUCUUACAGCUUGGAUAUGCCUGUUAGGCUCAGCCGAAGGUGCCGUAGUGGCGCUAGUGAUGGAAAGGGGAAAAACUGCCAUCUGGUCAAUAAAUUGGGAUGUCAAAUUACUGGCAGCUCUCUACAGUGGCGUAAUCUGUUCAGGACUGGCUUAUUAUAUCCAAGGAGUAGUAAUGAAAGACAGAGGCCCUGUUUUUGUGACGGCUUUUAGUCCCCUAUGCAUGGUUAUUGUUGCUGUCAUGGGCUCCAUCAUCUUGGCUGAGCAAAUGUAUCUUGGCAGGGUACUUGGUGCUGUUAUCAUAGUUGCGGGCCUAUAUCUUGUUGUGUGGGGCAAAAGCAAAGAUUACAAGUCCCAAACCCCAUCAACCAAUGAGCAAAUAGCGCUGGAUUUACAAAUAAUACAUGCAGGUAACACUGGAAAAGAAAACUUUAAUCAUGGGGUUGUCACAAUUGACGUCUCUGGGGUGGAGACAAAUAAACAACAAGAAAAGCAAAGGAAUCCAGUCACUUGCUAAUUAUGAAUUUCCUGAAGAGUUCCAUGCACCUCACAGUUCUAUGUAUCAGGCUGUCACAUCUAUUAAUGUUGUAUGCUUUACUAAGUUUUUUCAAUAAGUGUAACAUAAUCUCCAACGGAGAUGCAAGGAAAAUGACAAUUAACAUAAAACCAUAA